UUGAGCUCUUCAAGAAUUUGACCUUUCUUCUUCUUCCUUCUUUCUCUCUGCCCUUCUCUCACAACCUUUGCUGCCUCUAUAACAUGCGCACACUUCUCCUUCUAUUUUCCCCUUUUCCAACUCCUAUAUAUUCUCUACCUUGAAGGCUUAGUGAGAUCUUUCUGAUUCUCUCACUAGCUUGCUAGCUACCACACAUAUACAUGGCUUCUAUGAACUUGUUGGGUUUCUCUCUCUCCCCUCAAGAACAUCCUUCUACCCAAGAUCAAACGGUGGUGGCUUCUCGCUUUGGUUUCAACCCUCAUGAUCAUGGAAUCUCAGAUGUUCAACGAGACUGCUUUGAUCUCCCUUCUGACUCUUCAACUCACUCAUUCAACCAGCUUCCUCCUUUUGCCUUAUAUCAAGAAGAACCAUUUCACAGAAAUACUAACAUCAACACCACUCAAGAUUGGAAGGAGAACUACAACAAUCCAAGCUUGCUAUUGGGAACUUCAUGCAAUAACCAAAAUGUGAACAACAACCACCACAACCAGCAGCAACAGCCAAAGCUUGAAAAUUUCUUAGGAAGACACUCUUUUGGUGAUCAUGACCAAACUUAUGGUGGCAACUCAGCCUCCGCUGAUUACAUGUUUCCAAACUGCUCCUUACAGCUUCCGGCUGAAUCUCAAACUCAGCCGGAAGCUGCUGGUGCAAUUGGCGGUGGGACAUCAGACUCACACUUGCAUUCCAAUGGCGCUAGCAACUCCAUCGGCUUGUCCAUGAUAAAGUCAUGGCUGAGGAACCAACCGCUACAAUCAGACAACAACAUCAACACCGACAGCAACAAUAAUGAAAAUGGUGGCAGUGGUGCCACACGUGUGCAAAGUCUAUCCCUUUCUAUGAGUACUGGCUCACAGUCAAGUUCAUCACUUCCUCUUCUAACGGCGAAUGUGAGUGGAGAGAGUUCCUCAUCGGAGAACAAACAACCACCGGCAACCACGGUGGCGGUGCUGGAUAGCACCCAAACCGUGCCAGCUGCUGAAACUGUGCAGAGAAAGUCCAUUGAUACCUUUGGACAAAGGACUUCCAUCUACCGUGGUGUAACAAGGCAUAGGUGGACGGGGAGAUAUGAAGCUCAUCUAUGGGAUAAUAGUUGUAGAAGAGAGGGUCAGACUCGCAAAGGAAGACAAGUUUACUUGGGAGGUUAUGACAAAGAAGAAAAGGCAGCAAGAUCCUACGAUUUGGCAGCACUAAAAUACUGGGGAACAACCACUACUACAAAUUUCCCAAUUAGCCAUUAUGAAAAAGAGUUGGAAGAAAUGAAGCACAUGACCAGGCAAGAGUACGUCGCUUCAUUGAGAAGGAAGAGUAGUGGCUUUUCUCGCGGUGCAUCCAUUUAUCGAGGAGUGACAAGGCAUCAUCAACAUGGAAGAUGGCAAGCGAGGAUUGGAAGAGUUGCAGGCAACAAAGACCUCUACCUCGGAACUUUCAGCACUCAAGAAGAGGCAGCAGAAGCAUAUGAUGUAGCAGCCAUCAAAUUCAGAGGCCUAAGUGCAGUCACAAACUUUGAUAUGAGCAGAUAUGAUGUGAAGAGCAUCCUUGAUAGCAGCACAUUACCCAUUGGUGGUGCUGCCAAGCGUUUGAAGGAAAUUGAUCAGCAAGUUGAACAACAACAACAACAACAACAACAACAACAAUUGAGUGUAGUGCAAUCAACUGAUCAUGGAAUCAUGAGUUUGAGUGAUGGAAUCAACAUUAACAACUAUCAACAACAUGGUUGGCUUAAUAAUGCUCUCUCAUUCCAACAACCUCAACCUUGUGCUUCCAUCCACUACCCUUAUGGACAAAAGCUUUGGUGCAAGCAAGAACAAGAUUCUGAUCAUCAUGUCUCUCACACUUUUCAAGAUACUCACAAUUUCUUUCAGUCAAAUUCUGGUUUGCAAAGUUUCAUGAGCUUGGAUAAUUCUGCUUCAAUGGAUAAUAGUUCAGGAUCUUAUGGAGGGGAUCAACGUAAUGGUUAUGGUGGUGGUGGGGGCUAUAUGAUUCCCAUGGGAACAACUAGUACUACUAGUGUUAUUGGAAUUGAUGAUGUUGACCAAAGUCAAAGAAGCAAUGGUUUUGGUGAAAGUUAUGAAAGUGUUUAUGGAACUUCUACUACUGAUCCUUAUCAUGCAAUACAUGCAAGGAACUUGUACUAUCAACAACAACAAACAUGUGUUGAUCAAGCCCCCACUUGGGUUCCAACUGCAAUUCCAGCAAGGCCUACCAAUAUGGUUCUCUACCAAUAUGAUCAAUAGUUUAUUGGGGUGGUCAAGGAAGGUGUGAACAAUGAUGCAUGCAUUACUGACUCUUUCUUCAAGAUAUAUAGAGUUUUUUUUUUUCGAAGUUUGGGGCAAUUCUAACAGGGUUUAAUCUAGUGAUCUCAAGUUUAGCAUAGCAGACACAACAUGCUGUGAAUUUUGGGAAUUAUUAACUUUGAGAAUGUAGAUUGAUCAUUGGGAUUAAGUUUUAUCUAAUUUUAUUAUGUCACCAUGCUUUGUAAUUUUUGGAAUAAUCAUAUACAAAGGAUGGAGUUUUAAUUA